AUGUCUGGCUGGACAAAACUGCAGUCGAGCUUCACCGGGCUCGGGACGAACGCGGCGACGGCGCUCCAGGGCCUCAACCUCGGCGAGAGCGCGAACAAGCUCAGCAAGGGCUUCCAGAGCAGCGUGCAGGCGACGCGCGAGCGUCUCGGCCAGGUCGCGCCCGACGAGAUCACCGAGCUUCCCCAAGAGUACAAAGACCUCGAGGCGCGCGUGGACGCGCUGCGCCAGGCGCACGUCGCCCUCCUAAAAAUCACGAACGUCUACGCCUUCGAGUCCUACGACUACCCGACCCAGAUCCAAGAGUCCCUCGCCGAGCUCUCCACCACCAUCGGCGCCAACCUCACCAACUUCGCCGCCGCCAACCUCAAAGGCACCAACCUCCCCGCGCCCGCCCCGACCACCCCUCCCGCGCACCAGCACAAGACGCUCCCGCACGCCCUCGGCCGCGCCGCCACCCAAGCCGGCGCCGCCCUCCAAGCCGUCUCCCCCCUCCCCGAAUCCGACCGCCUCCUGCGCGCGCUCGCGGCGUACGCCGGCGCGUGGGACAAGAUCGCCGACGCGCGCGUGCAGCAGGACGGCGCGAUCCAGCAGGCCUUCCUCGCGCCCUGGCAGCAGACGCUGAACACGAGCAUCAACAUGGCCGUCAAAGCCCGCCAGGCCGUGCGCGCCAGCCGGCUCGAGCUCGACGCCGCCAAGCAGGUGCUCAAGUCGGCCAGCCCGGCCAAGCAGGAGCACGCCCGCCUCGAGGUCGAGAACGCGGAGGACGACCUCGUGCAGAAGACCGAGGUCGCGAUCACGCUCAUGAAGACCGUGCUCGAGAACCCCGAGCCGAUCAAGAAUCUGAACGAGCUCACCAAGGCCCAGCUCCUUUACUACAAUGCCGCCGCCGAGGCGCUCUCCGGCGUCCAGGGCGAAAUCGAGGAGCUCGCCGUCGCCGCCGAGGGCGAAUACAGGAAGACCCGCGAGCACUGA